UUCACUCUCUCUGGGGCGAAGAGGAGGGCAGGCAGUACCACACAACCUGCGGGACACAAACCUACCUGGGGAUCUAUAUUCCUCUGACACACACCUUUUCUGGGACCUGUGUCUGACCUGUGGAUACCUGGGCCUUAGCCAUGCCUCUCACAACUCCUGCCCCUUCUAACAAGAGGAAGAAGGCCAACAAGAUCAUCACUGACCUGUCCAACGUCAGCCAGAAUGAUGAUGAGUCAGACCCAGAGGCCUCUGAGCUUGACCUGGGCACCAAGAUCAAGACGCCCAAGGACUUGAUGCUGGAGGAGCUCUCCCUGCUCUCUAACAAGGGCUCCAAGAUGUUUAGGAUGAGGCAGCAGAGAGUUGACAAGUUCAUUGUGACCAACGAGAACAUGCAGAACCUCGAGAACCUGCUGAUGUCCCCUCCCCCUAUUCCACCAAAGCCUGAGAUGCCAAAAGAAGAGGUGGUGGAGACAGUGGAUGAGGAGGCGGAGAAGGAGAAGAGGAGGAAGGAGUAUGUACGCACCUAUGUAUCACCAUGGGAACGGGCCAUGAAGGGCAACGAGGAGCUGACAGCCACCAUGAAGGCUGCCAUGCCGGGACCCAUCCAGAGCCACCCAGACCUGCCUCACUACAAGAGCUUCAACAGAAUGGCGUUGCCAUUUGGCGGUUACGACAAGGCGUCCAAGAUGCUGACCUUCGAGCUCCCAGAGCUCAACGUUGCCACCGAGGAGCCAGAGCCUGUUCCCAAUCUGCAGGCCGACAUCCGUUCACGCCCCUCGUUCAACCGCACACCCAUCGGCUGGGUCUGCAGUGAAGACAACUCACACAUCCACAUGGAACUGGACAACAUCCCCUUCGAUGGAGAGACGGAUGACCUGUGAAAACACAUGCAGACAGAACAUGCAGCCCAAAACACAAACAGAUUAAAAGUACAUGCACUAGAACUCAUGGACACACACAUACAUGAGAGCAUUAGGCAGAUCAUAAUUGACAUCACAUACACUACAAAACAUAAGCACUGUUAGAACUGCUGAAGCUCACAAGAACAUGUUGAAAUGUACUUUAAUUGCAUGGAAAAAGGAAACGAACAAAAACUAUUUAAAAACGACUUGAUGGAAAAGGACAGAGUAUCUCCCCUGGUCUCCUGUGUGCUUUCUUACCUUUGCAUCCUCAACUAUGAAUGAGUCUUACUAUGAUUUUUGCAUACUAUGAGCUAAUGUGAGACCUGUGUGAACAGAAACAGAUACGCACUCUGCACUCUUAAGACUAUGUAUUUAUGCAAUAAAGUUCCCCUUUACAGAAUG